UUAUUAUUCUAACCUAAAAAGAAAACAGAGCUAAUUAGCAUUUGUGAAGAAAUUAAGAAAAUAUUCAAAAUUAAGAAAGAAAACAUUUAAUAGGCAAUAAAAUGUCGAAGAUAACCACAUUAGUAAACUUUAUAUCUAAACGAAGUAUUUCUUUGAGUGUUCCACGUGAAGGAAAGAGGAAUUUUCGGAAAUUCGUUAUACCAAACAAGAGAGGUUCCUAUAUACACAAGCAGAGGCAAGUUGGUCCAAAUCCCGAGCUAGAGAUAGACAAAAGAGGUGUUCGCGAUACCGGCUACAAACUGGAUGGACGAUUUGUUGAAGUACCUGAAAUGAUACCGGAAUUAAUUGUUCCUGACUUAAAAGACUUCGAUCUUAAGCCCUAUGUAUCAUACAAAUCCGAAGAUGUAAUUCAAAGUGAAUUCACAGCCCAACAACUCUUCGAUGCAGUGUAUAGUAAAAAGAUAGUAACAGAUUUCAAACAAGGAAAGUUAGAUGCAGAUGGAUUGCCCCUUGAACCCUCCGAAGAAGAAAAAUUAAAACCUGAAGAAGCUGUAGCCAGAGCUAAAAGUACUGGCUCUGAUAUAUUUUAACUGCCUACUUUGUUGUUAAAUUGUAAAUAAGAUAGUGUGUAUUAAAAUUGUUAGACAUUAA